GUCAGAGUUUCCCGAAACAACAGCUUCAACCUCUUUUCUCCUCCCUCGUGUGAUGCGCCUUUGCUUGGCCGACGAGUGGGAACUCUGGUCUUGUGCUUGGGGGAUUGACUGAUUGACUAACCAAUUGAUCUCUGGGGUGGCUGUUCUCCCUUCUGACUCGGCAAGCCGGGCCAUGCUACCCAACUGUCCUGCAGACUGACUACUAGGCACUCCGUACACAACAACUCCAGCACGAUCCUGCCCACGCAGCCACUUCACCGUCUCUUUGCCGGCGCCGCCCCUCCCCCCAAGGCACCCCCACCCCUUCGCUGCGGACAGACAGGGCGGAAAGAAAAACAUAACCUGCAUGGUCUACCACACGCAACAUCCCGCGGCGCAGAUGGCCAUGUGCUAGGGCCAGAAACACCAACCGCCGCCUCCAGACAUGGCUUCCAACAACUCCCGGGCGCCCUCGGGCAGUUCCACGCCCAAUCCACACGCGCCAUCCACCCCGAGCGGACUGCGCCGCACCUACAACGCCAGCGCCGACGCCUUGCCCUCUCCCGGCGUCCCAGCCGCCCCAGCAGCCCCUGCGCCCCGAGAUGCCUCCCCUCCCAGGCCUCCUGCUCACUCGAGAGCCCCCUCCGAGACAACUGCCCUUCUUCGGGAUGCCCUCGACCGCGAACAUGCCCACGACGGGCCCUGCGGCCACGGCACCUUCUCCCCGCAGCCCUCCAGUCCCACCAACGCCUUCAGCCGCUCUCUCAACCCGUCCCUGAACGGCUCUCGUGCCCCCUCCCCCGGCGCGUCGUCCGAGAGCUCGCUGCCCAUCAUAGACAGCGUCGUCGCCUUUGUCGCUGCCAAGGGUGCUCCGGACUGGAGGAAACGCUGGGCCGGCCGCAUGAGGACAAAGACCAUGGGCAGGUCCAGCGAGCUGGCCCAGAGGCACGGCGUCAAGGACAACGCCUUUAUGUAUCUCUCUUAUUACUUCCCCGCCCUGGUAUGGCUGCGCCAGUACAAGCUCUCCUUCCUCAAGGGUGACUUCAUCGCCGCCCUGACCAUCGCCGGCAUGUACCUGCCGAUGGCGCUCUCCCUCGCCGACACCCUCGCACACGUCCCGCCCAUCAAUGGCCUGUACUCCUUCGUCUUCAACCCCUUCCUGUACGCCGUCAUGGGCACUGCGCCUCAGAUGAUCCUCGGCCCCGAAGCCCCUGGGUCCUUGCUGGUCGGGAGCGUCGUCAAGGGCAGCGUGGAGCUCGGCCGCGGCUCGGACGACGAUGCCGUCAUGCAUGCCCAGAUUUGCGGCAUCAUCGCUGGCACCGCUGGCGCCACCAUCUUGUUGUCAGGCCUGUUCCGCCUGGGCUUCCUCGACAGCGUGCUCUCGAAACCGUUCCUGCGCGGCUUCAUCUCCGCCAUCGGGUUCGUCAUCUUCGUGGAACAGCUCAUGCCGGAGCUCGGCUUGGCCCAGCUGGCUGCUGACCACGUCGGCCAUGGAAGCACCAUGGACAAGUUGACCUUCAUCUUGACACAUACAGGUGAUGUCCAUGUGCUCACUGCUGUCAUAUCCCUCGUCAGCUUCUCCAUAGUCAUGACUUGCAGGGAAAUGAAAAAGAAGAUGCAGCCGCGCUACCCAUGGCUGGUGUACAUACCGGACCGUCUGAUCGUCGUCGUGUCGUCCGCAAUCCUGUGCUACUUCCUCGACUGGGAAGAAAAGGGCGUCGCAAUCAUGGGCGAAAUCAAGGCGGCGUCGGGCCACGUCUUCACCUUCAGGUGGCCUUUCCAGCUCUCUCAUAUGACGCAUAUCAGGGACGCCAUGGGCACCUCAUUUCUCAUCGCCCUGCUUGGGUUCUUCGAGUCGUCCGUCGCCGCCAAGAGCCUCGGCCCCAGCAAGGACGUGCCGGGCAUACAGCUCAGCCCCAACCGGGAGCUCGUGGCGCUGGGCACCGCAAACCUGAUCGGUGCUUGCUUCAUGAGCAUGCCUGCAUUUGGCGGUUACGGCAGGAGCAAGGUGAACAAACAGACCGGCGGGAAGACGCCAAUGAGCUCCGUGUUCUUGAGCUGCCUGACCAUCGUCUGUAUCUUUUUCAUAUUGCCAUACUUCUACUACCUCCCGAAACCCGUACUGUCAUCCCUCAUCACAGUCGUCGCGUAUUCCCUCGUCGAAGAAGCCCCCCACGACAUCGCGUUCUUCCUCCGGAUCGGUGCCUGGCCCGAGCUCGGACUCAUGCUUGUCAUCGUCCUGACUACCAUCUUCUAUUCUCUCAACAUGGGCAUCGCGGUAGGCAUCGGGGUCUCGCUCUUGCAGGUCAUUCGCCACGCCACCCGGCCCAGGAUACAGAUCCUGGGACGUAUCCCGGGCACACAGCGGUUUGAAAACGCCGAGGACAACCCCGAGCGGCUGGAGUUUGUCGAAGGCUGCCUCAUCGUCAAAAUCCCCGAGCCACUGACAUUUGCCAACACAGGCGAGCUCAGGACCAGGCUCAGGCGGUUGGAGAUGUAUGGCACAGGCAGGGCGCACCCUGCGCUGCCCCGCCUCCGCCACGAAGAUAGCAACAGGAACAUCAUUUUCGACAUCCAUGGCGUGACCUCGCUCGACGGGUCUGGCACCAUGGUGCUGGAGGAGAUUGUACGCACGUAUCGCGAGCGCGGGGUGCGGGUCUUCUUCAGCCGGUGUCCAAAUCGUGGCAAAGAUACGAGCAAGGUGUGGCGCCUCAUGGUUCGCAGUGGCAUCGUCGAUCUUGUGGGCGGCGAGGGCCAAUUCGUGGAUGACGUGCAGGAUGCCCUCAAGAUGACCGAAGUGGAGGAUGGCGGGGAGUCGGUCGUUUCGGGAGAGAGGGGACGGACGAUGGCAGAGCGGGAUGUCGGGGUGGAGUGAGAAAGUUGGCGGUCUAGAAGUUAACAGUCUGGAAACUGGCGCAAAGCAUAGACGGUCCACCGGUUUGGAUAUGGUGUAUAGAUGACUUGAGAUGACUCGAUGGGUAGACGAUGUGUGUGUGUGUCUUUCAACGGCACUUGGAUGCGUGCAUUACGACAUGAAGCGGCGUCUUGCAUAAGUGGUGUGGUUCUUGUCUUUUCAAUCGUGGGAAAUAAUAUCCAGAACAGCAUUCCAAUUCCGGUCAUGAUUUACCACAGAUCAAUUUGAAAGCUAAAAACCA